UAACACUUUCAAGGACUAGACUGAACAAAUCGUCUCCCUAGUCCACUCGGUCUUUCCCCUUCCCGGCGUCGGAGUCGGAGGAGGCCACCGCGAGGCCAUGGACCAAAACAACCUCCUGGCGGCGUGGCCGGUCGUGGGCCCGGGCGUCGCCGGCGCCGUCUUCGGGGCCGGAUGGUGGUUCUGGGUCGACGCCGUCGUCUGCAGCGCCGCCGCCGUCCCCUUCAUCCACUACCUCCCAGGGUUCUUCGCCUCGUUCGCGGCGCUCAUGUUCAACUGCGUCAACCGGGAGGACGUCGGCGACGGCUACUACUCGCCCUACGACGACUCCGAGUGGAGGGUGAAACUCUGGCUUUUCAUUUCAUAUGUUGUAUCUUUUGUCUCAUUGGCUGGGGCGGUUGGGUUUCUGGUUCAAGACGCACUUACAGACACAGGUCCAUCUGCAUGGACUGGCACUGCUGGUGUCAUACAGUGUGUUUGUGUGUUAGUCAGUGGGCUGAUCUACUGGACAUGCCACUCUGAAGAUUGACUUGACAAGCAUGUUUUGGCUGAGGAAGAUGAGGAUUCUAAAGGCAGAUGUUACAUGAGCUCACUGGCGGAAAUUCAAUAUAAAUUGUAUCGUGGUAGCUUUACCCAGGUCUCCCAGGUUCCCCCGAAGUUUUUUUGCCCCCUGUAAAUAUAGUCUUCAAACUGCGCUGCUUAGAAUGGUUCAAUGUAUUGUUCUGGAGCUGCAAACUCUGACGAACGAUAGCUAGUUGAUACCGUUACAUUUAGGAGAGCCCCCCAACAUUGAUCAGUUUUUCUUUGUGCGAAGUUCACCUGUGUUUUACUCUUGUAACUCUCGAGGAGUCCAAUUUCAGUCAUUAUCCCUGGGGAUACAAUAUGUCGCCAGCAUUUGUAGACGGCAGUCAUGCAAACUCUUCAGUUCUGAUGUUUGGAACAACCUGUAUUAGAAGAUGGAAAUAUAUACAUGUA